GUACGAACUCCUCCCUCGAUCAAAGAUUUACUAUGGUUCUCUGUUCUCAUUUCCUUUCGGUUUAUUGCUUGUUCCGUGCUUAGCUUCUCCGAUGUUCCCAUUUCCUGCUGAAAUCCAAUUAAUCUUUUCUGGGUUCCAUUGAAUGUGGGUGACCAGUUAAAACUUUCGUCGAAUUUGACCGAUCAAUCGGUGUGUAAUUGGUGGUGAUCUUUCAUUGUCUUUGUGGGGUUUGAUGGCAAUUAGGUUUUCUGAAUUGAAGUGGGUCCUGAAGCAAUGGGAGGUGGCAACGGCAAUGAUCAUGACUCUACCGACAAGGGCCUGUUUUCGCACCUAGGUGCAUUCGCAGCUGGCUCGCAUUACCCUCAGCAUGGAGGAGGGUAUCCUCCACAAGGGUACCCGCCACAGGGGUACCCUCAGUACCCUCCUCCACAUGGCUAUCCACAGCCACCCCACGGAGGCUAUCCUCCCCACGGAGGGUACCCUCCAGCAGGCUACCCUCCCCCCGGCGGAUACCCUCCUCCUCACGGUGGCUAUCCUUCGCACGGAGGACAUGGUGGUUACCCUCCUGCUGGUUAUCCUGGUCACUCCAGUCAUUCCGGGCAUGGUGGCGGAAUGGGAGGAUUGCUAGCAGGAGGAGCGGCUGCUGCAGCUGCUGCAUAUGGAGCUCAUCAUAUUGCUCAUAGCUCUCAUGGAUAUGGAGGGUAUGGUCAUGGAUACGGAGGGUAUGGUCAUCAUGGCAAGUUCAAGCAUGGCAAGUUCAAGCACGGGAAGUUUGGCAAGCAUGGGAUGUUUGGAAAGCACAAGGGUGGGAAGCACUUCAAGAGGUGGAAGUAAAGAAAUUCAUAUAAUACUUUGCCCCCCACAUUAAGAAUUCAGACGAUUUCGUUUCACCUCGUAUUACUGAUCAGUGUGGCUUUUAUAGUUAUAUCUAACUGCCUUAAGAUUCAUGGUCUGUAAGACUGUAACUUUGUUAUCAUGUCUUCGUGGGGUUUGUGCUUGUGAUUUUAGCCAGAGGUGUGUAUCAAAGAUUCUGAAAUGCUUGGGUUUGUAUACAGGGUUUUCUGUGUAAGAACGUGUUGUUCCCUGGCUCGCUAAAUAAGAUCUUGCUAAAUUCAGUUGCA